AUGGCUUUUGAACGUAUGGCUCAUAUCUACCGGUCAUGUUUGUUCCAGAUUAUUGUUGUUGGACUGGUAGCAUUUUGCGAACCUGGAAUUUGGACUGCUCUCAACAAUCUUGGAGCAGGAGGUAAUGCUAGUCCCCAACUAAACAAUGCCGCCAAUGCCUUGACUUAUGGACUCAUGUCUGUGGGUUGCUUUCUUGCCGGUGGUGUCACAAACAAGAUCACUGCAAAAUGGACCUUGUUCAUUGGAGCUGCAUUUUAUACUCCUUAUGCAGCUGGUCUCUACUGCAACAACCGUUAUAACAAUGAAUGGUUUCUUCUGCUUGCUGCUGCUCUUUGUGGAAUUGGGGCGUCUCUUCUAUGGGCCAGUGAGGCCGCCAUUGCGGUUGGAUACCCAGAAGAAGAGAAAAGAGGAAAGUACGUUGGAAUUUGGAUGGGUAUUCGACAAAUGGGACCUCUUGUUGGAGGAGCUAUAUCCCUCGCUCUUAACAUCAACAUCGCACACACCGGCAAGGUCACAUACAAAACAUACCUUGGACUUGUUGCUAUCUCAGCCCUUGGAGCCCCAUUCGCACUUCUCUUGUCCCAGCCACAAAAAGUUAUCAGAAGUGAUGGCACCAAAAUCCCUUAUAUGAAGAAGACAAAUUUCUCUAUUGAGGCUCGUGCCAUCUGGAAGCAGCUUAAGAAUAAAAAUAUGCUUCUUCUGAUCCCGAUCUUCCUCGCUGGACAGUUUGGUCAAACCUAUCAGUCAAACUAUCUUACAACAUACUUCACUGUUCGCUCCAGAGCCCUUGCAUCCUUCCUCACAGCUGUAGUUGGCGCCGCAGCAAACAUCUCAACUGGCAUCAUCCUGGAUCUGAAGUAUUUCUCUAAACGAACCAGGUCUAAGAUUGUGUGGGUAGUCGUUCUAGUCUUCGUCACGGCCUCUUGGUCAUGGAAUGCCGCGACUGAGACAAAACUAUCCAAAAUGACCGAAACACCCUCUCUCGACCUGGGCGACGGUAACUUCUUCAACUCAGCUUUUACUGUCUAUAUAAUGUUCCGGUUCUUCUACGAGAUGCUGCAGACAUACAUCUACUGGUUGAUGGCUGAGAUCAAGGGAGCACAGGCAGACGGCGAUGUCGCGAGAACAACCGGAAUCCUGAGAUCAUGGGAGUCUAUAGGCAGCACAAUAGCCUACGCGGUUGGCACAACCAACUGGGGCAACUUGAACCAGAUGAUACUGGGAUUUGCACUAUGGGGUUUCACUAUCCCAUUCACAACCAUUGCGGUUUUCGGCAAUAUGGCCCAACUUGACACGUUUGAUGUGGAGGACCAAGCAAGCAGCAGCAAUCUCGAGACUGAAGGGGUGAUUGUCGGUCCUGAAGGGAAAGAUUAG